AAACGCCAGCCAAACCGCACCUUCAAAUCUAACAGCCUCAAAGCCAGUCUCUUUCAUCACCAUGCUGCUCGCACGAACAUCCUUGUGUAAAGUCAAUCAACCUCGUAUACUGAUGGCUAUUACUAUUCAUUUGACCAUAAUAGUCCUCUGAAAAAAAGCAAUACAGGGAGCCUAAACAAAAACAAAACUAGGAUGGAGCAUCUAGCGCUCAAUGCACAUGUUAGCCAUUUGUUAACGGUACCCUCUGCUAUCAAAGACCACCUCUCACAGACACCACAAAAAGAGCGACGUCCUGUAGUCCAGUCAAGCUUUCUUCUCCCGCCACUCUAUUUUAGCGCCUGGAAUCAUUUCGAACUUCUAGAAAAGCCAGUCGGACUUUGGCUUUGCACCCGCGCGCCUACUCUCCGGCCCGGGUGCCGGCAAGCGCUAACCCGCUCCGCCCCGGUCCGGCCGGGACGCCCACCACCUCAACAAGAUAAGACCUUUUUUCAACAACGGUAAAAUUCCACACGCAACCGUUAUUUGUCAACGGUGCUUUUGCAAACUAUUAAACCUUGUCACGCGCCUCUCUCGAUUACUACCAACUCCGUCCUACAACCUCUGCGCAAAGCCUCCCGUACCAUCUACGCACCAAUGGCACCCAAACAGUCAGGGGUUCCUGGCUUCAAGCCGCUGUCAGACCAAGUCUUCAUUCGCGACGGCACCGCUGAAUCCAGCACGGCGACAAACGAGCCCGAUGUCGUCAUGAUCUACGGCUGGGGCGACUGUCUACCUCAACACGUCGUCAAAUAUGCCAUUGGUUACCGCGAGCUCUUCCCACACGCCAAGCAGGUCGUCGUGCUGUCGCCCAUCGCUAAAGCCAUGUACACAAGUCUCGAACAGCGCUCGUCGUCCAUGACGCCCAUUGUAAAGGCCAUCUUCCCGUCAGAUGGCGCAGCAGCCGGCAAGAUCCUCGUUCAUGCCAUGUCCAACACCGGCGCCAUCAACUUUGCCGCCACGCUCAACCAGUACCUCAGCAUGUACAAGAAAGCCAUGCCGCACAACCUCUUUGUCAUGGACUCGACGCCCGGUGGAACAGACUUUACCUGGUCGAAUCUGAAGCGAUGGUCGCGGGCCAUGGCGCUUGGCACGGCAAAGUGGUUUCCGUGGCCUUUUGUCUUUACACAAUCCAUUUGGGGUCUGUUCCUCAUGCUCAAUACGCUGUACCUGUUUAUCAGGAGACGCAAGCAUGCUGGUGCAUGGAGCAGAGUCGCUGCCAAUGAUGAAAAGUACGCUGUCAAGAGUGCGCGCAGGCUCUACAUGUACAGCAAGGAGGACGAUCUGAUUGGCUACCAGGACAUUGAGGAGCAUGUUGCUGAGGCCAAGCAAAAGGGCUACGCUUGCGAUGCGACUGUGUUUGCGGGUAGUGGCCACGUCGGCCACAUGAGAGAACAUCCUACGCAGUACUGGGAGGCUAUUAGAGAAUCAUGGGAGCAUGCUAACAGCGAGUAGACCUUUUGCAUUUGCUGGGCCUUUGCUUGUUUCUGUAUAUUAAUCGCUCACGCAGUGUACACUAUAAUAGAAUCCUUCAUUAGACGGUCUUGACUACUGGGACCUUUGCAUAUACUCUUUAACGGUUUAA